AUGGCUACAAACAAGCAAUUUGGUAGCACUCUUCCAUGGGCAGAGCCAUCCUGGUACUCCGGCCGUCCCUCGCCAUAUUACAACGAGUCCCAUUUCAGACUGAGGGAUGCCGUGCGCAAAUGGACUGAGGAAAACGUUGUCGGUAAAAGCGAAGAAUGGCAAGCUGCAGGCAAAGUGCCAGACGAGGUCUACCGAAAAUGCGCGCGGGACGGGCUCCUGUUGCCCAUCGCUUUUGGCAAGUCGAUACCGGAGGAGUUUGCUGCACAGUAUCCCAUAAUUGGUGGUAUCAAGGCCAGCGAGUGGAAUGGGUUCCAUGAUUUUGUGAUGUGGGAUGAGCUGUUCCGGGGCGGGGCACUUUCUAGCAUUUUUGUGGGUUUGACCGUUGGAGCUCCCCCUCUUAAGCAAUUCGCGUCGUCGUGGCUGCAGAAGAAGAUCUUGCCGGAGAUCCUUAGCGGGGAGAAAAGAAUCUGUCUUGCUGUUACUGAGCCGUCAUGCGGAUCUGAUGCUGCUGUUCGAACCGGCGGCCCCGGCGCAGAGGGUGUUUCCUUCCUCCUAAUCCCGCGCAGUGAAGGGAUCCGCACACGCAAAAUCGAAAUCGGAGCCGACGGGCUCAGUGCCACCACCUAUGUCACCUUUGAGGACGUAAAGGUACCUGUUGAGUACCUCGUCGGCUCUGAGGGUCAAGGUUUCCGAUAUGUCAUGAGCAACUUUAACCACGAGCGCCUGUGGAUUGCUUUCCAGACCAUCCGCAGCUCCCGCAUUUGUCUCCAGGAUGCGAUGGCAUGGGCUACAAAGCGUGAAGCCUUUGGCAUGAAGCUUAUUGAGCAACCGGUCGUGAGACAUAAGUUCGGCUCCAUGGCCAAGGAAGUCGAGGCAUUGCAUGCGUGGACGGAGCAGAUUAUUUAUGAGUUGGAUCAUAUGAGUUUUAAGGAUGGUAAUCGGCAGUUGGGUGGGGUUACGGCACUGUUGAAAGUGAAGGGUGGGCAGAUGGUUAAGUUUGUUGCGGAUAACUGUGUCCAGAUUAUGGGAGGACUUGGUCUCACCAAAACAGGCCAGGGUUCUCGUAUUGAGUCGAUUUCUCGCGCCACUCAUUCAUGGAUCGUCCCUGGUGGCUCCGAAGAUGUCCUCAUUGACUUAGGUGUUCGUGAGGCCCUCAAGCUUGCUGGCAUCAAUGCGACGAAGGGAGCAAAGAUAUGA